AUGAACGAUCUAAAUAAUUGGGUAACGGGUUGGCUGGAGUGGAAUAUGGUGCUGGAUAUGAACGGCGGGCCGACAUGGAUGCCCAAACAUGGUUGCGGUGGACCCAUAUAUGUGAAUGUGACGGCUCAGGAGGCGUACAAACAGCCCACGUAUUACGCCCUUGGUCAAUUCAGCAAGUUUAUUUCGCCCGAUUCCGUGCGCGUAAGCCGUAGGUUUAGCGUGAAAUAUAUGCGUGAAUUGUCGGUAUUGACUGCCAAACGGACAGACAAUGGUGUGGUUGUGGUGGCGCUCAAUACCGGUGCCGACGAUAUAUUAUUAUGUGUUGAGUUGUACCAAUCCGUUAGAGUGGAUAUACUAAUGGAUGCUUUUAUAAUCAACGAGGAAAGGGAGGCUCAGGUGGACUUCAUAUCCCCUAUGCCUAGCCUAAGGCCGAUAGCAAUGCUAAGCUCUCCCGAUCUCAAAGAAUUGAUUCCCCGUAUAAUUACAAUCAAUGAGAAACAAGAGCUUAGUUUGAAUCUCAUUAUCAAAAUGAUUACAAAACAAAGAAUUCUCAUAACAAGUGAAUACAGAAUCGAUGAUAUGAUCACUAUUUACAAACCAUUGCAACUCAAUCUCAUUAAAACCGGUGAUAUUUCUUAUACCACUUUAUAUGGAUUUGCUGUCAGAAAGGGUUUGGAUAAUCGUGUAAAGGAAAAGCUCAACAAAAUACAUUAA